AUGAUACAAGUGAGCAAAGCUGCGAGCCACCUGAUGCUCGUUAGACGCCUGGCUUCUCGCGAGCGGAACAAUGAAGAGGAAACACGCUGCUGCAGCACAUUGGCUUAUUCAACUGACGCAGAGUCAGGCGUGACGUUGAGAUCGGGAACAGCCGAAACUACAUUUGGCCACGCGGCGACGCCCCUCAAGCAUGCAAAACAACAUGCGCCGAACGGCCUUUCACCGCUACGUCGGCAGCAGCCUUUCCUGCGCUUCCCCUUCUUCCCUGUGCAUUCUCCGCACCUCGGGCUACCUGAACCUUGCGCAAGCAGGCACUCCCCCUCUCGCGACGUCUACUUGACUGGUCUCCUCCUCCCCAAGUCUCCACCCCCUCCCUUCCUCCUCCCUCGUGCCUACGCAUGGCUGCUGUUUUCCAGCGCCGCUGCAUUUCGCAGCCGGAUGAGGGGCGCCAGCCGGCAGGGACAAAGAAUGCGGUUUCCUUCCUCGCCUGCAGCUCAGCAGCCGCAGCAGCUCCAGCGCGGUGCCCGACAGCUAGCCCACGCACACACGCUCGCAGCUGAGACCUCUGCGCCCCGGCGGCCUUCAAACCUCCUGGUCCGCAAGGCGAGAACCCGCAAGGCGAGAACCCCGAGUCAACUCCGCGCUGAGAGGUGUUCCGUGCUUCUUUUGUGGUUGAGGGACACUUACAUGUAA